AUGUGUCUCUCAUUCGACUACGAAUGGCAGAGAACGGACUGCGAGGACGAGGGGGCGAAGCUCUCAUUUCAAGGAGCCGAAUUCCAUUGGCAACCAUGGAAGUCGGACCAGGAGGAGAGGACGGACGGCGGUGCGACUUCUGCCCCCAAUCUUAUGGUGCCCACAGAACUAACAACACCAGACUGGAUCGAAGAAUACAAUGGCGACGAAGUGGAUAUCUUUGAGCGUGACAGCCGCACGGGUGACAGCUCUCCUCAGACCGAUUGGCCGGGCCCACACAAGCAGCAGACGCACCGACGACUGAACAAUCACCCGUGCCGCUUCUGUCCUCACUCAAGCUCUUCCGCAACGGAUGUCGCCAUCCACGAGAGGACACACACUGGCGAGAGGCUCUUCAGUUGUGGUGUCUGCGAGAGAACGUUCGCGCAUAAGCCUAACUUGACAGCUCACGUUAGAAUUCACACCGGAGAGAAGCCGUUCAAGUGCAACACGUGCAGCAGGGCAUUUACUCAGAAAGGCAGUUUGGCGAAUCAUGAGAGGACUCACACAGGAGAGAAGCCGUACAGGUGCGAGACCUGCAGCAGAGCGUUUACGACUAAUAGCGGUUUACACCAACAUCGGAAUAUGCAUCACAAGCAGUCUUGUACACGUUACUAAAAAAAGGUAAUCGAUUACAAUUACUAUUACUCUUGGCUAAAAAGUAUUCAAUUA